AUUGAAUGAAGCUUGAACUGCAGCUGAUUUGGAAAAGCAACCGUUUGCGAACACAAACUCGUCACCUUGGUGCAUCAGCUCUCUGCGACCGCGUUGCCGGCUGCAAUGAAAGCGAACAGAUUGUAGUUAUGAGAUUCAAUGUGGUCGGUUUAUCAGUUAUACGAGCGCAUUCAAACAAGCGGGAGCGCGGCGCGUUAUUAGUGCUAGUUGGUGCCGAGCGUGACCUACUAAUAAAGUCCAUAAAUGACUGGUAUUCUUGAGAAUAGGAAAGCUAAACUGAAAUAGCUCAAAGAUUUCUGCUAUUAUUGUAUAAAUGUUUUAAGCUUUCUGCAACUGCCAAACAUCAAGAUAAAUAAUUGAAUCCCGAAGUGAGAACCAAUACUAUUUCGGUGUACGGAAAAAAUUGUUAAAAAAUCACCCCCUUCUACUAAAAAAUCACAAACCAAACUAUGCAGGAAUGGCUGAAAAUCUCCCUGAUGCUGUGUACGUUUGGAUUCUUUCGGGAGAUGCGUCCGUCGGAACCGUUCGUCACCGAGUUUCUGUCGGGCGAGUGGCGCGACAUCGAACCAGAGCAGCUGAACCGGGAGGUCUAUCCGGUCGGUACGUACACCCAUCUGGCGGUGUUAAUUGUCGUCUUUCUCGUCACUGAUAUGCUGAGAUACAAAUCGAUAAUUAUAUUUUCUGCUUGCGUCGGUGUCGCAAUAUGGUCGAUGCUGCUUUGGACUACCUCGCUGGCUGCACUGCAGGUAGUCCAGGUGCUGUACGGAACGUACAUGGCAGCCGAAGUGGCAUACUACACGUACAUUUAUGCGAAAAUCAACCGUGAUAAGUAUCAACAGGUUACGGGCAAUACCAGGGCAGCCGUGCUGAGCGGUCGAUUUCUUGCGAGUGUCAUCGGUCAGGCACUGGUAUCCACCGAAGCUAUGGAUCUGCGGGAGCUCAACUACAUCACGCUGGGCGCCCAAGCAUUUUCACUGCUGUGGUCAUUCGUGUUACCAUCAGUCACAAGCAGUGUCUACUUCUACUCCAACGAUAGUACCGCGGCGCUCGACAACGGUGAAGGACCGACCAAAGCUACCAGUGGCCAGAAUGGUUCAACUCGGCAACCACCGCCGGAUGCUGGGGAGGAAAUUGAAAAUGAUACCCUCGCCCACAGUUACGGCGCUGUAAGCACCAUUUCAGUAACAUCAGACCGAGACUCGAUAACCAAAUCCGACGCCAAUCUAACCUCGUCAGUGACCGAUGGCAGCCACACAAAAUCAAUUAACAACUCGCCGAAGGUUCGUUUUUCGUGUCAUCGAGCCGGUCGCUUGCUGUGGGUACACUUUAUUACAGCCUACCGGAACCUGACCGUGGUCCAGUGGAGUCUGUGGUGGUCACUGGCAAUGGCGGGCUUCAUUCAGGUGCAGGUAUACGUCCAGCUGCUGUGGCAUGACAUCAACGAGAACCAGGAGUAUCUGUACAACGGUGGAGCGGAAGCACUGUUGACGCUAUUCGGGGCACUUAGUGCCAUUGCCGCCGGUUACGUGGCGAACCGGAUCUUCGAACAGUGGGCCCUGUGGAUAUUAACUCUCUGCUCGGCCCUGCAGGGAGGAUUGAUACUGUACUCUGGCUUUUCUACAAACAUUUGGGCAGCGUACGCUGUUUACAUUUUGUUCGGUGUGCUGUACAUGUUCAUGAUAACGAUGGCCAGUGCUACCGUGGCCAAAUAUCUGGAGGAGGACAGUUUUGGAUUAAUUUUCGGCAUAAACACAUUCGUUGCGCUGGUCUUCCAAACCAUCCUGACGGUGGUAGUUAUUUCCGAGUCCGGUCUGAUGCUGUCGCCCCGCGGUCAGUUCAAAGUGUACGGUGGAUACUUUCUGGUGCUGGCGGUGGUGUAUCUAGUUCCGGCCACCAUCAGCAGCAUUCUCCAAUGCAGGAGGCGGAAUGGGACGGAAGCUGCGGUGGAUGAAGGUGCGACGACCGGCGGUGCUAAUCCGAGAAGGACGUUGGAACAGCAACAAAACGCUGAAGUAGCUUAUUUUUGAAUGUGCUUUUUUGUGUCUGAUGCUGGGGUAUUGCAAUUCCGUCAGCAGCUCAAUUUAGUUCAUAAAGACAACGAAUAAAUGAAGCAUUAGGGUGUGAGAGAUAAUUUCGAUAACACAAACAGAAUUAUGUGCUCAGCUUGUUUCUAAAGCGUGACUGUAUAAUGAAGAACAAUAAAUUCUAAAAUUGUAAAUAAAUGGA